GGGUUUAUUUGGGUUAGGUUAUUAAUAUUGGUGGGGUCAUUCAUUCUACCUAGGGUUUCUUGACGACUCCUCCUGUUCUCCUUACAUCAUCGCCAUAUCCAAUCUUUUAAAAUCGCAAGCUCCGGCUUCUGUGAGUUCAUACUUGAUUUCAAUUCGCAGGCAGGCUGUGCUUGGAAGGAAGCUGGGAGUAGUAAGCUGAAUCUACAAUGGUCAACGGUCCACCACCCUUUUCAGAUAUUGGCAAACGAGCAAAAGAUCUGCUGACGAAAGAUUACAACUAUGACUACAAGUUUGUAUUAUCACUUCCUGGAUCAACGCCCAUGGGACUGGUUGCGACGGGUUUGACCAAAGGUCAGAUUUUUCUCGGAGAUGUAAGUGCGCAGUAUAAGAGCGGGAGGACCGUUGUAGAUGUAAAAGUUGAUACAUAUUCUAAUGUCUCAACAAAAGUAACCGUUAAUGAAGUAAUGCCAUCUACAAAAGCAGUUUUGAGCUUCGAUGUUCCCGAUCACAAGUCUGGAAAGCUUGAUGUUCAGUACAUGAAUCCUCGAAUUGCAAUUGAUUCCAGUAUAGGCUUGAAUCCAUCCCCCGUUUUGAAUCUCGCUGCAGCCGUCGCCCACAAGGAUAUCCUACUCGGCUGUGAAGUCGGUUUUGAUACAGUUUCCGCUUCUUUCACUAAAUACACAGCUGGCAUAAGUUUUAACAAGCCCGAUCUUUCAGCUGCACUUAUACUGAUGGACAAAGGUCAAACAUUGAAGGCAUCAUAUGUACACGCCGUGGAUGCUUCAAACAACACCCAGGUUGUUGCUGAGAUGACACAUGGAUUAGCCACACUGGAAAACAGUUUUACAAUCGGAAGCGCUCAUGCUAUCGACCGCUACAACAGGAUCAAAACAAGGUUCUCAGACAAUGGGAAGGUGGCAAUGUUGUGUCAACGAGAAUGGCGACCAAAGUCAUUGAUAACCGUUUCAGCAGAGUAUGACACCAAGAGAAGUCAAGUAGCCCCUAAGUGGGGGCUUGCAUUAGCUCUCAUGCCUUGAUAAUAAUAUUUCAUUUUAAAGGGUAUAUUGUUUAUGUUGAAUUUGAUUUGGGUAAAAUUCACCCAAUUUUGGUAACAUUCAUUCAUGUUCAUGUAAUGGGGAUUACAUGCUAGAUUGUGGUGGUGGGUCAUAAGUUGCCCCAUGAAACAUACCUUUUUCAGUUUAAUAAUAAUCCAUGAUCAUGUUUUUCAAAUCCUGAUGAGGAUGGUUA